CCAGAAUGGUCCCUGGAGGUUUGUCAAAGGCCAAGCCAGCCACUCCGGAAAUCCAGGAGAUGGCUAAUAAGGUUAAAGCCCAAGUUGAGGAGCAAACGAACCAGACUUAUGAAGAAUACAAAGCUGUAGAGUACAAAACUCAAGUUGUUGCUGGAAUUAAUUAUUUCAUCAAGAUGUGUGUAGCUGGUGAUCAGUACAUACACCUGAAAAUCUUCAUCGGUCUUUCUGGACAAAAUGAUUUGGUAUUUGGUGGCUGCCAGACGAACAAAACCAAGGAUGAUGAGCUCACCUACUUUUAG